AUGAAGCUGCACUUGGGCUCGUACUUCGUGCUGGCUCUGGCUGCCACUGAGGCAGUCGGGGCAUCGAGCUGGUUUAGUAAGGCUGUGUACAAUAGAUGGCACGAGACAGAGCUGGAACGAUGGCUCACCGAUCACGACAUUCCACACCCGUCACCUGCCGAUCGCAGGGACCUGGAGAGCUUGGUGAAAACGAACUGGGAAGACAAGGUGCAGAAGCCCCUUGCGCAGGUGACCGAUCACACCGCCGACCAGAUCCACAGCGUGAGAGAUUGGAUCUUUGAUUCCUGGACCGACUCCCAGAUCAAGGCGUUCCUGGACCGUCAUGGCGUUCCCUGCCCGCAGCCGCGCAAACGCGACGUUCUCCUCAAGACCGCCCGUGAGAACUACGAGGGCAUCGGAAAGAAGCUCGGAGAGGCGACCCACUACCCCGGAAAUUGGCUCUACGAGCAUUGGUCCGAUUCGGACUUGAAGCUGUGGCUGGACGAGCGCGGAUGGCCUGUGCCUCAGCCCACCACCCGCGAUAAGCUGAUCGCGGCCGUGCGUCGCAACGCCCGUCUCGCCAGUGUUCAGGCGCGUACCAUCGCGGCCGCCGCGUCCGCCUCGGCGGAAGCAGCGCAAGCCUCUCUCAGUGAAGCCCUGAUCAACGCGUGGUCCGACGCCGACCUGAAGAAGUUCCUGGACGAGCAUGGAAUUCGGGUUCCUCAGGGCUCCAUGCGCAAUGAGCUCAUCGCUCUGGCCAGGAAGCACCGCGCUUCCCUGCUGAGCCAGGCGUCGACAGCCUCUGCCACCGCCACCGACUUCAUCGGCGCGGCUACCUCCAGGGCGGGCAACGAAUUCGCUCGCGCAACCGAGGAUGUCGAGAUGAAAUAUGAAGAUGCAUUUGAUGCUGCGACAGCGGCAUGGUCUGACUCCCGCCUCAAGGCCUUCCUGGAUGCCCGCGGCGUCCCCGUGCCGCAGACCAACAAGCGCGAUGAGCUGCUUUCCCUGGUGAGACUGUACAAGCACAAGGCCGCUACUGGCUGGAGUGCCUGGACCUUUGACACCUGGGACACGGAGAACCUAAAGAAAUACCUCUCCUCCGUCAACUCCAAGGUCGCCCACCGCGCGGACAUCACCCGCGACGAACUCGUCAAGCUCGCCCAAGACAGCUACAACAAAGCCUCCAAGGCGGGCAGCACCCAGCUCGCAUCCGUCACCUCCUACAUGGCACAAGCCACGGACGCAGCCAAAGCAUCAAGCUUCGACACCUGGUCCCAGUCAGACCUCAAAAAAUAUCUCGACUCCUACGGUAUCCCCGUUUACCAGGGCUCGACCGCCAACCAGCUGCGCGCCACCGCGCGCCAGAACGCCCAGUUCUUCCAGUACGGCACGACGCACCCGCGCGGCAUCAUCUACGAGAAGCUGGAGGGCCUGACGCAGUGGGUCAUGGAUCAGCUGAAGAUCGGCGCGUCGAGUGGCCGCGCACAGGGCCAGGAGGCUGCUGAGAAGGUGAGGGAUACGGCAGCUGAGGCGUCGGAGAAGCUUGAGUUGUAA